UGUAGGAGGUAAUCCUCGCAGGCCAAAUGAUACAACGCUGACGUAGAUUAUGUAAUGAGGAGACACCAUAAAUGGGCAUGCUAUGGCAGCGCCUGCAGCUCUUGGCGUGCGUCGGCGACGACUGCGGCAGCGCCGCUCAGCGUACGGCCAUGGCGCGCAGAUUCAUGUUUCAACCGCAUCCUACAUGUUGAGUGCUUCAAACCUACCGACCAACGCAGCUCUGGUACGUCGUCUGGCUGCUCGCACGCCCCACCGACAGCCCUGGAGCCCCUACGCAUCGCAACCUGCGCGAAAUUGCACUCGGUCGUAUUCUCAAACACCUGGCCGACAAGGUCUUGCGCGCGGAGCUGAACAGGCGGAAGGAGCAGGAGGAGGAGAUGAAAAGUUUGACGCGUCUAGAGGGCCUCAUUCGCGCGAAAACGGACCUCGCUUGAGGCCUGGAGGACUCCCAACGUCGGGUUCGCCGGUCGUCGAUGCGGCGGCGACGGCUUUGAUUGGUCUCGGAGCCGGUACGUGUAUUUUUUCUCCUGGAAGUCGAGAUGCCCAUGGAAAUCCAAACCACGGUGAGAGGCAGGACCCCUAUUUAUUGGUGUGGAGGCCUGAUCCUGCCACCGGAGAGUAUGGUAUUUUUGUCCGGACGUAUGUGUCCAGAUAUGUCGAUCAGGCCUCAAACAGGAUUGUCCGCUGCUGUCCGGACGUACUAGCGGAUCGGUGUCCGGAUUGCAGGAUCAGGCCUCGCGGCGUCUCUCUGACUUGGAGGGCUGCGGAGAAAUUGGGGCGCAUGGAGCACCGUGACCCCGCGCUGGUCAUGGUUCACUCGUGUUCAGACACUGACCGCGUCGGAGGAGUACAGCAUCAGCUAUGCAGAACUCCCGUCGCGUCCUGGUGCCCGUUAACCCACUGAAUAUGCAUUCUCUUCGAAGAGGGCGAUGACACCCUCGUAGACGUGUAUGCUACAAUGGCAAGCAUACACUCAGCAUCAGAACUU